CCUGUAUUCAUCAGCCUCGGCGGAUUCGUUUCUCAUUUCCUAUUCCGGCGUGAGCUUCAAGGGAUCUUCUUCGGUAUAGGUCUCGUGAUCUCUCAAUUCAUCAACGAGUUUAUCAAAACAUCCGUGGAACAAGCUCGUCCCGAGACAUGUACGUUGCUCGAAGCUUGCGAUUCGCACGGAUGGCCAUCGAGCCACUCGCAAUUCAUGUUCUUCUUCGCCACGUAUUUCAGUUUGAUGGGAUGUAAAGGAAUUGGGUUCUGGUUUGGGUUAAGAAGCAGAUGGAUUAUGAAUCUUCUCCAUUGGUCUCUAGCUCUUGUUACCAUGUAUUCUAGGGUUUAUUUAGGUUACCACACGGUGGCUCAGGUCUUCGCAGGGGCGACGCUUGGUGGUGUUGUUGGUGCGGGUUGGUUCUGGUUUGUGAAUUCUGUUUUGUAUCCGUUUUUUCCGGUGAUUGAGGAGAGUGUAUUGGGGAGAUGGCUCUAUGUUAAGGAUACUUCACAUAUCCCUGAUGUGUUGAAGUUUGAAUAUGACAAUGCAAGAGCUGCUAGGAAGGAUAUGGAUUCUGCUAAGUCUGAUUAAUUUGCCUUAAAUUUGAUUUUUGGUCGAGAACUUCGGAAAGCUUUGGUUAGCGGCCUUGUUAUCCUUUUUAUAAUUAUAUAUAUUCAGGAAUCACAAUGAGGUGGGAGGGAGAUUACAUUUAUACCUACCAUUGUCUAAGACUUUGAUGACACUGGUUAGAUUAGCAGCUCAUCUGAUCUGAACAUCUCACAGAAAAGAGGAACCUUCACACUUAUUAAGUGAUCUAUGUAUCUUUUUUUUUCCCCCAUUUCUUUCUUUGCGCAUUCACUUAUCUAUUGAAAGAAUCAGUUUCGUAAAA